UCGCACUUCCCAAAACAAUGCCACUCUGGCACCCCGAGGUCAUUCGGGGGUUCCUGCCCUUGGCGUGCGUAAAUCAAGGGUGCUCCUCCGCUGCAGCAACAAAAGACCGUCGUUGACAGCGGUGGACCACUGAUCCACGCAACCACAGUUUGCAUGAGCACCGGUCGGAAGCAUCAAGGCAAAUGGAUGCCCGCGGCAACGCGCUGUCACGUCUCUCAAGACCACCGUUGUAACAUUAACCCUGGGCCUCUCCUUCAACCAUUUCCAACUGUGUGAAAAAAAGUGAAAAGAAGUUUUAAUGUAUCAGUAUUCGCUAGCCGACGCCAUGACGGACAACUUGAGGAUUUUAUAAUUCUCUCCGGUGGAAGAGCGUCGCAUCUUGUAAGGAGCCACAGAGGAAACUUGACAGUUCCGAAGCUAUCAGAGUCUAAUAUGGGAUUUGGCGUGCUGGGAGUGUUUCUGGGGCUGCUCCUGGAGGUGUCCACCCACGGACCCCAUGCUGUGCCUCGGACUUCCUGGAGACACCAAGAUUUAGAUCUGAUGGAGUUUUCAGAGCCCGGGAUCUUCAACUACUCUACAUUGUUGCUGAGUGAGAAAAGGGAUGCACUGUAUGUUGGAGCCAGGGAGGCCAUCUUUGAGCUCAGCAAGAAGAAUGUUACAGUCAGAAACAACAAGGUUCAGUGGACGGUUGCAGAAAACCCCAUGAUGAUGUGCACGCUUAAAGGAAAAUCAAAAGAGAGGGAUUGUCUAAACUACAUUCGAGUGCUCCAAGUCGUAGACGAGGAGCGGCUGUAUGUCUGUGGCACACAUGCCUUUCAACCUCAGUGUGAUUACUUGAACCUCGCUGACUUUUCGUUGGACGGUCGACCUGAAGAUGGCAGGGGAAAAUGUUCCUUUGACCCCUCACAAAGCUUUACCACUGUCAUGGUUGAUGGAGAGCUGUACUCAGGGACAGCUUAUAACUUCUUGGGCAGUGAACCGAUCAUUUCCAGAUACUCUCCAUACCAGUCCCUGCUAAGGACAGAGUACUCCACAUCAUGGCUCAAUGAGCCCAGUUUUGUUUUUGCCGACGUGAUCAGAGAAGGGAGAAACAGAGCAUAUGGUGAGGACGACAAAAUAUACUACUUCUUCACUGAGGUGUCCGUGGAGUACGAAUUCUUUGGCAAGCUGCUCAUCCCCCGGGUGGCGCGCGUCUGUAAGGGUGACCUCGGUGGGCAGCGCACGCUGCAGAAGAAGUGGACGUCCUUUCUAAAAGCUAAACUGGUGUGCUCCAUGCCCGAGCUCAACUUCGUCUUCAACGUAGUGCAUGACGUCUUCAUCCUGAAGGAGUCAGAUUGGAGGGAGACGGUCAUCUAUGGCGUCUUUACCUCCCAGUGGGGUAAUGUGGGCUUGUCAGCUGUGUGCGCCUAUAACAUGACAGCUGUGGAAGAUGUCUUCUCUAAGGGCAAGUACAUGCAGAAGGCCACAGUGGAGCAGUCCCACACCAAGUGGGUGCGGUACAACGGCAUCACCCCUUUUCCACGUCCUGGAGCUUGUAUUAACAACCUGAUGCGACAGCAGAACAUUAGCAGCUCUCUCCACCUGCCAGACAAGACCCUUCAGUUUGUUAAGGACCACCCACUGCUGGAGGAUCCCGUCCUGCCCAUCGGCAACGGGCCUCGCCUCAUCACCAAAGACGUCAACUACACUCAGAUCGUUGUAGAGAGGGUCCGAGCGCUCGAUGGGAACAUUUACGACGUAAUCUUCACUGGAACAGAUAAGGGAGUCCUGCACAAGUCGGUGGUGUUUGAAGGAGAUGUUCACAUUGUGGAGGAGACACAGCUACUGAAAAACUCUGAGCCCAUCAAGAACUUAGUGCUGUCCUCAGAGACACGAUCCCUGUAUGCUGGCUCAGACUCGGGUGUAGUCCAGUCACCCACGGCCUUCUGUGGCAGGUAUCCAUCCUGCAAUGACUGUGUCCUGGCUCGAGACCCCUACUGCGCCUGGGACAGUCAUACUGCUGCUUGUGUCAAUAUCUUUGAUGCGUCCGGCCAACAACCUGGGAACCUAAUCCAGAGCCUGAAUGGUGACGCAGACAAGUGUCCUUCAGUGUCAGGUCUGUCUCAGAAGGACUACCAGCAUGUGACAGUGAAACCGGGGAGCUCUGUUGAGCUGCCGUGCCUGGUACCCUCCAACCUAGCCCAGGUGAUGUGGAAAUCCAACGGCUCGGUUCUCACCGAGGCCUCUCGAUUCCAGCUCAUAGGCGAGAAUGGUCUCCUUAUUUACAGCGUGGCUCCGGAGGAUCAAGGUCACUAUGAGUGCUGGUCCGUGGAAUGGGCCCCCGCCGCUGGGAAGAACUUCAGCCGCCUCCUGGCUGGAUAUGUCCUGACACUGGAUCUCCCACCCGGAGCCCCACAACAGGCGGGCCACGUGACCACCACCCUCGGCAGCCAGGAGACAUCUAGCACACAUGCUACUGAAGGUAAUGGUAAGACAGACAGAGCCCCACUAACUUCGGCCUUCGCCCCUCCCAGCUUCACAGCCUCAGUCCUCUUCACCUCCCCACCCCAAACUGACUCAUCACUAACCCUACCCCCUAGCAGUACAAUCAAGUUCCAGUCAAAGCAGCAUUUUCCCCCGAGCUCCAAUGCUCCCCGCCCGGACAGCCAGGACCCAGCGGCUGAGUAUUUGCAGCACAACAACAGCAUCGCCCUCCUCUUCCUCUUCCUCCUGUUUUUCCUCCUCUUCCUGGCUGCAUUGGCCUACAACUGCUACAUGCAGUAUCUUCCUGCUCCCUGCCUGCGUAUGCGAGCUGCUCUGUUGGGCAGUCACAAGAGCGCCCAUCAGCCUGAGUAUCGGGCCUGUGAAGCAGGUCUAAUGGAAGCAUCUGCGACUGAGAAAAUUAACAUGACGGCGCAACCAACACAGAACGGCAGCCAAACCACCCAAAACCUCCGGGCGCUCCGUGACACCGGGUAUGAGACUGAGCCGGAGUGCGGCAACGGUCGGAUCCCCUCUCACGGUUUCGGGGACGACAGCCCAUCCCAGGAGAAACCCUUUGAUGUGGACUGUGAAUCUCAGCCCAUCGAGUUUGCAGAUGCAGAUGAACCUUACUGCUAGCCAGAAGCCCCUCUGUUCUGCUUUCACUUCUCUUAGCAUAGAGACGACUUGUAGGGGGGGUCACAUUCUUGCCACAUCUUCCCACGAUUCACACGUCUAAGUGGUGUCCUUUUUAUGUGGAAGUAUGUUCAGUGUACAGCAUCGAGUGAAGUUUGAUCAUUACAAGGCGUUAGUCAGGCAUCCUACUUGCCACUCCUGAGAUUUAACUCCGGCUUUCUGAUUUUGGGCUUUUGAUGAUAAAGCGAAACUGUACUCAUUGAAGCUGCACCCUCUCAGUUUAGUCCAGCAAGUAAAGCUAUUUCUUAAAUUCCAAAUUGGAAACAUUGUUUACCAAAUUGGUAAGUUACUGUGAUGUUUUCCGAAGUGGAAUCAUGUUUUUGUACAGUUUGGGUCACAAAUAAUCUCUUAAAGCUUUUGCAUUUUUUUUUUUUUUAUUUUUUCAAAGCAAUGUGGCUAUUGGAUGUGGGUAAAUGCUUCAACAUUAUAGUGUUUUCUCAGGGAAGAUUUGCUCAGUAUGCUGUAGCCUUGCUUUGUUGUACAGUGUUGCCAUCUGCAGCACCAGGUACGUGGGCCUUAAUCUCACCCAGUGAGGUGGCAAUGUAGGGUUUGAAAGUCAAAAAAAGAACGUGAAAACGUGAAACAAAUCAAACCCCCGUCUUGUGUAGACUCAUCCUGCGCGACAGGGUUGAGUCUCUCUGUAUUUUAUUUUUUUCCUCCCUGUGACGUACACAUUCCUACAUGGAUAAAACUCUGAUGGUCCUGUGUAUUAACCACUACUAGUCAUCUUACCUUAUGUGGUUUGUUAAUAACAUAAAUAUGUACAGUAAGACAUGA